AUGAACUAUGAUGUUUAUGAUCUUGAGUUAACAACUAUUAAGGAUAACAUCGAGUUGAAGAGACUAUUGAUUGAUACGUCGAGUAAAUCGAUUAUAGUUAUCGAAGAUAUUGAUUGUUCUCUUGAUCUCACUGGCCAAAGGAAGGAGAAAAAUGAGAAAGAUGAUCAGAAUGAUGAAAAAGUGGAUCCUAUUAAAAAGGAUGAAAAAGAAGAGGAAAAGAAAAGUAAGGUAACUUUAUCUGGUUUGUUGAAUUUUAUAGAUGGAAUUUGGUCAGCGUGUGGAUUGGAGAGGAUUAUAAUUUUUACGACGAAUUUUGUGGACAAACUUGAUCCUGCUCUCAUUAGGAGGAAAAAGAUGGAUAAACACAUAGAGAUGUCAUAUUGUAGCUAUGAAGCUUUCAAGGUUCUUGCAAGGAAUUACUUAGAUGUUGAGUCUCAUGAUGAGUUGUUUCCGGUUAUUGAAAAGUUGUUGGGAGAGAUUAAUAUGACACCUGCUGAUGUUGCUGAGAAUUUGAUGCCAAAGUCUGUUACAGAAGAUUAUGAGUCUUGUUUGAAGAAUUUGAUUCAAUCUCUUGAGAUUGAAAAGAAAAAAGCUGAGGAGGAAGCAAAGAAAAAGGUUGAGGAUGAGGCAGAGAAAGAGAAGGUUAAGGCUAAUGAAAAAUCAGAAGAAAAAGAAGUGAAGGAGAAUGGUUUCACUCAUUAA